AUGCAUUCGUACUCAACCCAACCCGCAGAGGCUGACUCCUCGCCGCCCUCUCAGCGAUCCGACAACUCUCCUGCUUCUCAGCUUUCUUCCAACAGCGACCCUUCUCCACCAAAAUCUCCGAGCAGGCACCGAGAGCGUGUGCUUCCCAUCAGGUCUGAGCGCGUUACUGUGCCUUCAGCUCAAAACCAACGCCCUGAAGCUUCCAAUCCCGCCGUCCAGCGCCUGUCUUACAACUCACAGGCUGCACUCAACCACUACCAGGCCUUGUACAGGAAGACGUCCCGGGCUUCCAAGUUUCUUGUAGAGCUUACCCCCAAAGAGUACACCGAACUCCAAAACACUCUCGAGUGCGACCCUCCUCUCUGCGCCUUUGUUCGGUCCAGUGUUUGCACCAAGUGGACAUUGGAGACACUUAUUAUUCUAAUGCCGACGGAAGUACAUAAAACUGUCGUCGUUGGUGUUCGCAAGAAGCUCCUCGCGCAGUUAGAAGCAGUCCGAGAUGCCGCGUCUAACACGGGCGAGGUUUCUAGACUUGCUCAGCGCGUUGAACUUGUCGAAUCGACACGGACAGUCAAUCUUUUGGCAGUUCGGUCCACAGACAACGGUCCCGCUCUUGAGCCCUUGCGUUUCAUCCCCGACGCCUCCUUUACCUUUAACAGGCGAAAAACACCUCUAUUAGUUCUCGAGGUUGGCUACUCUGAGGACAAAGCCUCUAUGCAUGCAAACGCGAUAUUGUACCUGCAAACAAGAAUUGACAAGGAUUGUAUCAAGACGGUCAUCUUGAUAUCUCUACCCUAUCAGGAGCCUGAGGCUCGCAAAAGGCAGGAUUGUCCUUUGCCUACUGAGGGUACUUGCGUAGUGUACCGAGCAGACCGUGCAAGCGGAAAGCUUGUUAUCGACAUCAAAUGCAAGAAAUUCAUGAACAAGAACCGACGCCCUGGUCGGGGCAGAAAUCUUGACUUGCGCCUGUCUGACUUCUGUCUGCCCGAAUGCGACAUACCCAUAUCUAUCUCUUCGCAAGAACUGGUAGAGCUCUUCGAGAAGGGCGUCACUGCGGAGUUGGAAGACGAUGCAGAUGACGCGGACGAAAAAGAGUCGAUCAAAGCAGCCAAAAGGGCUCUCGAAGAUGACCAGGAUCCGCCUGUUUCUGACUACCACACCGUCUGCACUGGCGAUUCGAUUUCAUUGCCGACAUCGGAAGCCAGCGACACCGAAUCGGAUGUCUCACCUUCGUCGGAGCCAGCCGAAACCUUCAACCUCAAAGCCUGA